AUGGCAGACGAACAAGCAGAUCUUGUGGCUGGAUACCCACCGGCAGUUAAGGCAGGUGGUAUGCGCAUUGUGCAACACAAGACGCCUACAGCCGAGCGUUCAGCAAAUGAUGCCGAGGAUUGUACAGAAUUGACGGAAACUGCUGGUGGGAAUAGCUUGUCUGUAAGCGGCGCUCCCAUGAAGGGCAAUAUUGUGCAUACACCACAGGCCGUACAGGUCGCCCAUGCGCUCAAACCACCGGCGUUUGUUGCACGUAAGCCACCAAUAAUUAUUCAACAACCGCGUAAAUGA